AUGUCUGUGCCUGAGGCCCACACAUCCCUUCUCGCCCUGCUAGCGAAUUUUGACUUUCAACCUCCCUUACAAGAGCAGUCCAGGCGGGCCCAAGUCGCGCUCUUUGACAUUUUGAACAUUGUUUUCUCCCAGUCGCAAGUCUCACUGCGAAAACACGUCCGGCUCAAAACGUCAAUAGCCGCUAACGAGAUCUCCGAUCAACGCUUUGCGGAGAUCAUACAGGUUGUUGGUCGGUCUACAGAUCGGUCUCCAGGCAACUACACCGAGAGGCUAGAAAAAGAAUCCAGCAAGGACAACAGCCUAAUUCCCUUUUUGAAAAGGGCAUCGGAUAUAGAUAUCGAAUCCCUGCUCCAGUUGCCAACAGAAUGGCUUCAGAAGCUUUCUGCCGUAAAUUUCGCAGAUCCCGUCGAUAUCAGCAACCUGAGCUAUGCCUUGACUUCAGAUGACGUGGAUGACUUUGAUCUUGUCACUAUCAACGGAGUUUCCUUUACAGUCUCAGCAUUUCCUGGAGCUUUGAGCUUACAUCCUGAACAAACCCAAAAAUCUAGCGCUCACUCAGGCCUCGUAUCUCUUAGCGUUGAGCCCAUUUCUCAUAUCACUUCUUGCCUGGAGCAGGACCAAUCCCAACCCCUGCCUUCUCUGGUGCUGCCCAUCGGACAACUGCAAAAGAGAUUCGUGGAGGUGAGUGGUAUUCCUGAUCUAAUCGAUACUGAUUACUUCCUGGUUGUCGAUGCUGCAGGAACUUCACAUGCGGUUUGGCUAAUCUAUGAUCGAUAUCAACGAUUUGACAAGGAGUUCAAGGAUGUCGCUGACCCGAAGAUCACUCCUCUGGUCUUCGUGGAGCUAGGAAAGAACUUUGAUGCUGCUCAAGUUUUCCCGAGCGUCAAGGAUUGGCUUGAAGCCUAUGGGAAGGUCAGUGAGGCCAAGUUUCAGGAGUCAAUCAUGAAGACAGGGAUGGUAGGAGAAGUCAGGGUCAGGAUCGCAAGUCGAGAGGAUGUCGCUGCUCUGGAGACCAAAUAG